UGCCAGCAUGAUCCUUUCAUCGCCCUCAACUACUCACUGUCAUUUCCAUAAAUGGAUCGGAUCGAUAAUUCCUAAAUCUAGUCCCCCUUAAGACAAAGACGACUAAGAGAGACAGACCAUCGAUCCUCAUGACAAACAGCGGUCUCUUCUUCAACAACGAAGACCCUAAUUUGGUGGCCAAAUCAGCCUUCUGCUGGUGGAGAACUCUGGAGGAGUUCGACGAAAAUGGGCAUUUCAAAGUGAAGAUCUCCGACCUCUCCUCCAACCUGACCCCACGCCUCAGAGUUCUCAGAGAAAUGGAGCGGCUGGCCUUCGUCGCCGGCGAAGGCCUCGAUGAGCUGAGGCACAGGCUGAUCAGCUACCGCUCCGGCGACUUCUGCCUCCCCGUCGGAGGGAUCGAGAAAUCCGCCAUGGACAUCCCACCUGUCAUCACCAUCCUCCUCACAGGCAUGAUCGCUUCCGGCAAGAGUGCCUUCGUCAACAUGAUGUACAGUGUUCUCGGAAGAUCUGGAGUCAUCCCUUUUGCCCAAACUUCACCUCCUGAAGGCGAGCCGACCACGAUGUACCUUGAAGAACACAAUGUCCUGAGAUCAUCCAGGAGUGGGUUCUGCGUGUACGACACCAGAGGUUUGGACCAAACCCAGAUGGAUGAAGGAUUGGCCGACGUUUCGGAAUGGCUUUCCGGCGGUGUUAAACACAACCACCCUUGUCUCCGGCCACACGAUCACUUCCGAGGAGGAGGAGGAGCCAUGUGGACCUGCCGGGUUAGUUCCAGCAGGUUCAUCAAGAGACAAGUCAACUGUGUAAUGGUUGUGGCUGAUCUCUCCCAGAUCCAAAAAUCCUUCAAAUCUGGCAACACCAGAACAAUCCAGGCCAUAAGAGAUCUCUUCCGUUUCACAGCUACCAAGAAUUCUUCAAAUGAGAAUCCAAUCUUGAUUCUAACACAUGGAGACACUUUGACCGCCGAGGAAAGGAUCAAUGGGAGGCUUAGAAUCUGUGAAUACUUGGGGAUUGUGGAGACAAGUGGGGCAUACGAUAUUCCAUGUCUGACUGAGCAAGGAAUCGUGGCUGAGGAAUCUGAUCCCGUCGCUGCAUUUGCCCUAACUGAGGCUGUCUACAGAGCCUUGCUUCAAUCCGACAGAACCCAUCAGCCCAAGAGGAAGUUCAAGGAUUAUAUUAUCCUGCUCUGGUCUUGGAUCAUGGCCUCCAUUGCUGCGUUCUUUGCUCUCCUCGCCAAAUUCUUCUCCAGGUUCGGACAUCAGAAACUUAAGAUGUGAUCUAAUCAAACCUAAAAUGCAUCAUCACAGUUUUAGGGUUUGUUACCAUUCCAUUGUAUGGACUUGUGUGUUUUGGGGGUGAUUUGAAUUUAGUUUAUUCUCAUUUUAUUUGUUGAUUUAUCGAAAGGUUUUGCUUCUUUUUUUCAUGUGGCCAAUGCAUUAAUUAAUUAUGUAUUCUUUGUAUGGGUGGGCGUAAUCUUGUCUGUCACCACACCACACCAUGUUGGCAAUUUGAUGUUUUUAAAUUUAA